GAGAGCGCCCGUCUUACAGCCCAGCUGCUGCGCCGACGGCGACGCAGCGACGCAACGACAACGACGGACGGCCGAUCGACCUCCGACCGACGAUGAGCAGCGCGACGUGUGAGCCGCCGGUGACCCGGCGACCUCUGAAGGCCCGCGGGCCCGACAAGGGCUCCGCAGAGGCCUCCGCUCUGGAGCGCGAACGAUGGAUGCGACGCAUCCAGAAAGUGAAAGAGAGGAACCAAGCCGAGCACGAGAGAGCGCUGCGAGAGCAGAGGGAUCAGCUAGCCCGAGCACAUGAUGCGCAGCUGCGGCGCAUGCGCCGUGACCAUGACGACGAGCUGCGCCGAGUCCGCCUUGAGGCCAGAACGCACGAGGACCAGCUGCGGGUGCAGCUGUCGGAGGUUCAGAAGCUGACCUCCCACUCUGACCUCGGCCGACUGACCUCGGAGGUCACUCAGCUGCGAGAGGAGAAGCGACAGCUGGAGCAGCAGCUGCAGUCCGUCGUUGAGAGCGAUCGCAGAAAGGCCGACCUGGUUCGACAGACUCACGACAAAUACGAAAACGAACUACGAAAAAACGAAAAACAAACCAAGACCGAGACACGCUUACUGAUGGAUGAGCUGAAGACGAAGGAUGCUACCAUGGCCUCUUUAAAAAAGGACUUCGACAUCCUGAGGUCUCGAAACGAUGCUGGCGUCAGUCCAGGGUACACUGAGCAACAAGUUCAGACGCUGAAGACCGAGGCGUCGCAGCGUGAGGCCCGACUUCGCCUGCAAGUGGAGGAGUUAGAAGCGGCGGUCAAGGCGCUGCUUCAGUCGCAGUCGCGGGAGCGCCGCCUGCUGGUGAGAGACGACCGUGAUCUGAGGCCCAGCGCCGUGCUGGCCGCCCAGCGCCGGCUGCCGCUGGUUGUCUCGGUGGUAUCGGGAGCAGGUGUGAGGGCUACACUGGCUGCUGUGCUGCCAGUGUAG